GGUAUCUUCUGCCACCUCGAAGCGUCCACCGCAAGGAACCACAUCGCUUUCUCUCCCUCUACUUCACCCGUUCAACGGAUGCUUGGCGCGCUUUAAAUCCCGUUUUCCUUCCACUGCAUUUUGUUACUGCGCUUGUGGAGAGAAAAGCUCAACAGCACGAUAUUGCCGGCAGGGCCCGUUGCGCAUGAGCGAGUUUCGGUCCUUCUCGCUGAGCGAUGUUACGGACGUAGACGAGGACCCGGAGGGCUUCGUCAGGGAUGUACGAGAGGCAGGAGACGAAACCGAGACACGAAGCCGCGUGCACUGCGUGCGCUGGUCUCCACAAAACAACGAUAUUGUCGUGAUGAAGGAGGUACAUCUCUGGGAGGAGGACACCGUGACCACCGACGUGCACGCCAUCGCUGCCCGCAUUAAUCAACUGCAAUCGAGCACGCGUGGGACAGCCUCGGCGUCGUGUUUUGUACAGUACCUCGCCUUGCACGUCGACACCCCUCAUCAUUACCAGUGGCUGCUGAGCCGCUGCGGUCCCUCGCUCAGGACGCUGCUUGACCGACGCACCACACUGCCUUGCUUCAACGAGCUCUGCGUGAAGCAAAUUCUGCGCUGCGUGCUGACGGCGCUACACCACCUCCACAGCGUAUGCGCUUUCGUCCACGGUGAUGUGAGCCUCGGCAACAUCUUCACCCGGCUCUCCUUUCAGGAAGACAGUACAGUUUCGCUGGGAGAUUUGGAGGUGCUCGCUCCACUGGGAGCCGAGCCGGACGGCUCACCGGGGACGCUGCUGUACACAUCCCCUGAGCGUCUGCAGGGAGAUUCGCUUCCCCACUCCGCUCAGGACGAUGUGUGGGCUUUUGGAAUCGUUGCCUAUCAGCUCUUGACAGGCAACAGCAAGGCCCAUCCGUGGUGCGGCGACCACACACCGAUCAGCUCACCGGACAGCUUUUGGACAUUACUUGAUGCGAUGCACCAAGCGCGGGACCUCGCCUCGCUUGCAUAUCUGCAAGAAACUUCUCUGGCGGAGAGCUGUCCAGAGGCGCUGCCGGUUGUGGCGACGUGUUUAGCGUGGGAGCCGCGUGAUCGGCCUAGUGCUGCUGCGCUGCUGCAGCAUCCUUGGCUUUCGGUGUAA